UUGAACUUGAACUGCACUGCACAUGGAUGGAUGCAUAUUGCAUGGUGGUGUCUUAGUUGCUUUUGAUUUUAGGUUAUGUUUAUCAAGUUAUGUAUUAAGAGUUGGUAGGAAAGUUUGAUUGAUAUCAGAUGCGUAGCAAAAUCGAAAUAUGACAUUAGGCAUCACAUUAUGAUGUUUCAGGGACCGAUUAGAGAGUUCUAAAUUGAAAUUGAAGCGAUUCUCACAUGCAAGUUAAACAUGUCACCUAUCACACAAAAACAAACUUUUAAAAAUUUAAACAUUGAAAAAAAGCAAGAGAAGAAAAAGUGGAAGGAACAAAAACUGUUGAAAGCUGCUGCUGAAUUUAAGAAAGAGCUGGAAGAAGAUGUUAGCACUAACGAUAACACUAAAGUAGAAGAUGUAUCACCAUAUGAAGAUCGUGUCAAUGGAAAUUUAACACAUCGAAUAUGUCCUCCUUACACAAUCAGUAUUGCCGUUCCAGGAUCAAUUUUGGAUAACGCCCAAACUUCAGAACUGAGGACUUAUCUUGCUGGUCAAGUAGCCAGAGCAGCCUCAAUCUACUGUGUGGAUGAGGUGAUAGUGUUUGAUGAUGGAAGUACACAACAAGAUGGAGUGCACAGGCUGGGAGAAAACAGCUGUAGUCAAUUCGCUAAGCUAUUGCAGUAUCUUGAGUGCCCUCAGUACUUGCGUAAACACCUCUUCCCCUUGCACAAGGACUUGCAAUAUGCAGGCUUACUCAACCCUUUGGAUGCCCCCCACCAUUUGAGACAAACUGAUGAUUUUCCUUACAGGGAAGGAGUGGUAUCUCAUCACCUGGUGAGACAAGGGAAAGGUUCCUAUGUAAAUGUAGGUCUACUCAGAGAUGUUUGCAUCGACAAGGCACUCACCCCAGGCAUCAGAGUCACGGUUAAUCUGCUACCCCAGAAGAAAGGAACUAAGAAGAGGUACGGAGUUGUGGUUCCUCCCUCACAACCAAGGACGGAACUAGGUGUGUACUGGGGUUAUAGUGUGCGCCUGGCCAAGUCUCUCAGCAAUGUUUUUGCCAAAGCACCUUAUCAAGAAGGCUAUGAUCUCACUAUUGGCACUUCAGACAAGGGAAGUCUCUUAGAAGAUUGUGAUGACUCAGAAUUCUCAAAUUUCAAACAUAUCUUAAUUGUUUUUGGUGGUCUGGAUGGAUUAGAAUCAACUCUGGAAUGUGAUGAAAAUUUGUCUAUAAACAAUGUAUCUCUGCUUUUUGACAAAUACCUCAACACGUGUCCCAACCAAGGAUCAAGAACUAUUAGAACAGAAGAAGCUAUUUUGAUAUCCCUAGCUCAAAUUACAGCAAAACUCUCAAAAAGUGUUGUGUAUUAAAUUUUGUGGUAACAGGCAAACAUUAUUGACUUCGGAUAAAGGGUAUUGUGUAAAUGUUUUAAAAUAUAUUUGUAUAUCUUGUAAGGAAACGUUUUUUGAAGAGAUUGGUUGUUCUUAUAUGUUAUUUAUGAUAUUUUGUAUUUAUUAACCUAGUUUCCAUUAAAUCUGUGUUUUUCUAAA